AUGGAAGACCCCUGGGCGGCGUGGGGCAAGCCCUCGGCCCCAGCGGAUAAGAUGCGCAUGCCAACGUCGACGCCAUCUCCCGAACCCGUCGACCUCGACCCCUGGGCCAAGUCAACAGUGACACCCAAACCACCCCGUUCACCAUCUCCCACACGUUUCUCCCCAAAGAGCCCCAGCAAACUAUCGCAAGUAACUCUCUCCUCCUCGCCACUGAGUACCGGCCUCGGCUUUCAGAGCCGCGUACCCAAACUUGACGGGUGGGACGACGUGGGAUGGGGCACGCCCAAGCCUGCACCUGCACCUGCGCCCGCACCUCCGGAUGAACAUGGUCGACUCAGAUCACCCUCCCUCGACCUCGACGCGGGAUGGGGCGAGCCGUCCAAACCAAUGCCAGCAGAGCAAGGGCUUGAGCGCGAACCAUCUCCCUCCCCGCCCACGUCCACGUCGCCUCGCAAGUCCGUGGAAGCUCUCUCGCGGGUACUAAGCACCGACCUACGUCUGAGCGGCGAGCUUCCCCGCGUUUCUCUUGAGGCGGAGGCCUUCUCGCGGCCGGGUAGCGCCGACCUCCCUCCCCUUUCCGACUCGCGGCCCGGCAGCGUAUCCUUUGAGAGCCCGCGCGUAUCGGAAGACGUCACAUCCCCCUCCCCUCCCGCCGUCCCUUCCGUCGCAUUUGAUACAGCCGACCUCGGCGCAGGCUUCGCCACGCCCUUCAGUCCCACCUCCCCCAAAGAGCCCAAGCUCGGCGUACCCCCCGAAUUGGAGCGUAGCGCGUCGUUUGGAUCUGAUUUCGGCGGGUUCGCCGACGUCGACGUCGAGGACGAAGAUGCUGGUGGUUGGGGCGAUACGAGCUGGAAAGACGAAGGGGGAUGGAAGGAAGAGGCGUACGGUGGAUGGGGCGAUGUUCCGCGCGCCGAGUCGCCGCCGAAACAGACACAGCAAGAACUGGACUGGGAGGCGGCGCAGCGGCGCCUAGCGGCUGCGGACGCUCGCGCACCCCACGAACGCGUAAUGCGUCUCCGGAGGGGAUGGGAGGAAGUCGCCGAGAUUGUCAUUGGCGAGAACAAACUCGAGGCUUCUGAAGAGGCGGAGAGGGCGCUAGAUGACAACGCGCGCACGCUCCAGGAGGACGUGGGCGAGACUCUGCGCGGCCUCACCGAGGUGCCUGAUACGAGCUUCACGUUCGGCCACUCAGCGACGCGUGAGCGGUACGCGCAGGCCCUGAGCCGCGCACCCCCGAACACAAUGACGCUCCUGCGCGCUCCGCGUCAGCGACGCGCUGAAGGCGGCGGACUCGAUUUCGGGCCUGGGUUGGAGGGCUGGGCAGCCCGCUCGCGCCUAGGCGAGCCUGAGGCUGCUGGGCCCGCGAUACAGGCCGAGCCGGAACAGGCGAAGGGAUGGGGUUUCUGGCGGCGGCAGGCAACGCCCAAGCCGCUCGUGACUUCCGGGGGCGGCGUGCUCGAGGUCAAGACCGACAUCGACACGGCGGGCAUCGCCAGCGGGCCGGCCCCAGCGCGCAGCAAGCCGCCCAGCAUCGCAUCGAGACCCGGUACGCCCGCCGACCCGCGUCCAUCGACGUCUGCCCGGGCGUCGAUAGCUUCUGUCCCCCGCGCUGGAUCGAUCUCGAGCCCCUCUCCCCUCUCUGGCCCCGCGGAGCCCGUCCUUCCCCCCGACAUGCCAGACAAAAAGGCCGAGACGUCCCGCAUGUCCCGCCUUUUCCGGUGGGGCCGGAAGGAGGAGAGGAAGGAGGAAGAGGACAAGGACAAGGAGUUCGAACUUGGCGAGAGCGACUUUGCGUUCCUCGACCAAGUCCCUUCGAUGGCUGGGCCGGACCUCCUCGGCGGCGGCAUGAGCAUCGACGAGGUACUCUCCCUGAAGAAGGAGGUACCAUUACCCGCGCCGCUCGCGCCUCCACCGCGCUCGGGAUCGACCUCGGGCAGGCCGAGCAUGGGCGCGCCGCCGAGGAAUGACGCAUUCGACCUCUUCUCCAGCCUUGACUUUGACGACGUCCCAGCUCCGGCAAAGCCAACACAGUCAAGCUCGAGCGGAUUCGCAUGGGACGACCUCCGCGCAUCUACUCCCGCCUCGGCCGUCAGGCUCUCCCCACCACGCAUCGCCACCCCUCCCCUCCAACCUCUGCGCGCCCCGACCCCGCCCGUGAGGGGUAGCCUCCAACCCGGCCGUACGGCCACCCCACCCAUUAUGGGCACAGGUCUCCAGCCGACCCACAGCGCUACCCCUCCUCUCCGCCCCACACUCAAUCCGCCGAUGCCCCUCAACCCACCCACCCCUGAGCGGCCACGGUACGGCCCCUCUGGUCCGGCACUUGGCGCACACGCGCGCCACGGGUCCAGCGCGAGUGGGAUGGGCGGCAUGUCGCGCAAGAAGGCCACCUCGCCUCCCCCACCGCCGAAGGACUUUGGCUUCGGCGACCUCAACUUCGGACUGGACCCGCCGCCUUCACCACCCAAGUCAGACUUGUUUGGUAUGGCGGCACUCGCUCCGUCACCCCCUCCGUCGGGAACGAGUGUGGAACCACUUGCACCGUCUCCUCCCCCUAUGGGCACGGGUAUGGGCAUUGCUGCACUCGCUCCCGCUCAACCACCAGCAGCCUCACGCAUGGGCAUGGGUAUGGCCGCGCUGGCUCCAUCCCUUCCACCAAGCAUGGGCAUGAGCAUGGCCGCAUUGGCACCCUCUCCUCCCCCCGGCAUGGGCGGCAUGGCCCCGCUCCGACCAGGCAUCGCAGCUCUCACACCCUCCCCGCCGCCGAUAUCCCACCCCGCGUCCUUCGCGGUAUCACCACCUCCCUCCGCCUCCCCGUCCUUCGCCCUUCCUCCCUUCGCUUUCCAAGACGGUUCCGUGCCUCCUCCCGCCCUUGAGACUCCCUCCGCUCACACCAUGGCUCCUCCAGCGUCGGACGACGACUUUGGAGACUUUGGCGACUUUGGCAACUUUGAUGCCCCCACUACGACUGAUGAUGACUUUGGAGACUUCGCCGACUUCGGGGACAGCACAAGUGUGUUCAACGCGGCCUCGACGGGCUUCGACACGGACGCGACGCCGGACUUCGGAUCAUUCAACGCACCAGCAUACAGCUCGUUCGGUGCUCCGCGGCCCCAACCUCAGCCAGCCCAACCAGCCAAGCCAGAAAGCCCACCCCCCACCCAGCGUUCCCCCCAGUUCGACCCAUUCGACUUCACGGCCUUCGAGUCCCUCACGCCCGCCAAGGCGCCCUCCUCGGCCGCCCCGACGCCCAUCGCGAAAUCCAUCCCUCCCACGCCAAUCGAGAAGAGCCCGGGGGCCAGUGCCUUCUCAGCUCUGCCAGGACAUGCUUCGGCAGCCGGGGCGUCGUUGAGCAGAAACUCGAGUUUGAGCCGCACGAUGUCUCACUCGCCGCCAGUGUUUGUGCGACCUAUAGGUUUACCCACCGGCCUGACCAAGAGCCGGCAAAGCUCGUUCGCCGACUCUGCUGCCGGUAGACCGCUCCCCGUCGUCGGAGCAUCGCCUACCCCCACCUCGCGGCGCACACCGAGCGUAGACCACCGCGCAACUCUCACCCUCAUGGCGGCCGUUCACGCCAAAGACGGUGUUGGCGAGGUCGCACCCCUCUCGCCUGUGGUGGAACCUUUAUCCCCUCCCCCCACCAGAGGCCCGCAGGGAUUCUCGGCCCUCCUCCCGCCUCCACCUGGUGGUGUGCGCCGUCCAGCGGGCCGCGGACUCAUCGAUCUCCUAGACGACUAG